AUGGAUUCAUUUGAGCCAGAUGGAAACGCAUUGCCACCCCCACCCCCUGUUAUUCCCCCAGAUGUUGUUCCGUUGCGUGCAGAAAUUGCACCUGAACCUGUAAAGAAGAAGAAUUUACGCCUACCAAUUGCUAGGCGAGGCCUUGGAACAAAAGGGCAAAAGAUUCCUCUGUUAACUAAUCAUUUCAAAGUAAACGUCACUAAUAGUAACAAAGAAGAACACUUCUUCCAUUACAGUGUUCUGGUUACUUAUGAAGACGGUCGUCCCCUUGAUGGGAAGGGUGCUGGAAGAAGGAUAAUUGAUCGAGUCCAUGAGACAUAUAACUCCGAGUUAGGUGGAAAGGACUUCGCAUAUGAUGGUGAGAAGAGUUUGUUCACUGUUGGUUCACUUCCACGCAACAAACUUGAAUUUUCGGUUGUUCUGGAGGAUACACCAUCAAACAGAAAUAAUGGAAGUAUUAAUGCUGAUGGUGAAGGGAGUCCAAAUGAAAGUGAUCGGAAGAGGCUACGACGUCCAGGUCGUACCAAAACAUUCAAUGUUGAAAUUAGUUAUGCUGCAAAAAUUCCCAUGAAGGCAAUUGGAGAAGCUCUGCGGGGUCAGGAGUCCGAAAACUCCCAAGAAGCUCUGAGAGUGCUGGAUAUUAUAUUGAGGCAACAUGCAUCUAAGCAAGGUUGUCUCCUAGUGCGUCAAUCUUUCUUCCAUAAUGACCCAAAAAGUUUUGUUGAUGUCGGAGGAGGUGUUCUAGGGUGCAGAGGAUUCCAUUCAAGCUUCAGAACCACCCAGGGUGGCCUGUCGUUGAACAUUGAUGUAUCAACCACCAUGAUCAUACAGCCUGGACCAGUUGUUGAUUUUUUAAUUUCCAGCCAGAAUGUUAGAGAUCCCUUUUCACUUGACUGGACAAAGGCUAAGAGAACUCUGAAGAAUUUGAGGGUUAAAACCAGCCCAACCAAUCUAGAAUACAAAAUAACUGGAUUGAGCGAGAGACCAUGCAAAGAGCAAUUGUUUACAUUGAGAAACAAAAUUGCAAAGGAUGGUGAGGAUGGAGAAAUUGAAGUGACUGUGUACGACUAUUUUGUUAAUCAUCGGAAUAUACCGUUGCGUUAUUCUGGCGAUCUGCCCUGCAUUAAUGUUGGGAAGCCCAAGCGUCCAACAUACAUCCCCCUUGAGCUAUGUGAAUUGGUUUCAUUGCAACGGUAUACAAAAGCACUUUCAACCCUUCAAAGAUCUUCACUGGUGGAGAAAUCAAGGCAAAAGCCACAGGAGAGGAUGAGCAUCUUGUCUAACGCUUUGAAAAUCAACAAUUAUGAUGGUGAACCUAUGCUACGUGCAUGUGGUGUUUCAAUUGGUAAUAGUUUUACACAAGUGGAUGGCCGCGUUCUGCCUGCUCCUAAGUUGAAAGUCGGCAAUGGGGAUGAUUUCUUUCCCAGAAAUGGGCGGUGGAAUUUCAACAAUAAGAAACUUGUCAAGCCCACUAAGAUAGAACGAUGGGUUGUUGUUAACUUCUCCGCACGCUGUGAUCUGAAAGCCCUUGUCCGUGAUUUGAUUAAAUGUGGAGAUAUGAAGGGAAUUGCCAUAGACCCUCCAUUUGACGUUUUUGAAGAGAAUCCACAGUCGAGACGUGCCCCGCCUAUGGUUAGGGUUGAGAGAAUAUUUGAGGAUAUUCAGUCCAAACUUCCUGGACAACCGCAGUUCAUUCUCUGUUUGCUUCCGGAGAGGAAAAAUUCUGCUCUAUAUGGUCCAUGGAAGCGGAAGAAUCUGGCCGAGUAUGGCAUUGUCACACAGUGCAUAGCUCCUACAAGGGUCAAUGACCAAUACCUGACUAAUGUUUUGCUAAAAAUUAAUGCGAAGCUUGGAGGAUUGAAUUCCUUGUUGGCUGUUGAAUUUUCACCUUCCAUUCCUGUGGUUUCCAAGGCUCCUACCAUCAUCCUAGGAAUGGAUGUGUCUCAUGGCUCGCCUGGCCAGUCAGACAUACCAUCAAUUGCUGCGGUUGUCAGCUCGAGGCACUGGCCACUCAUUUCUCGCUAUAGGGCAUCUGUUCGAACUCAGUCUCCAAAGGUCGAAAUGAUUGAUUCACUGUUCAAACGUGUUUCUGAUACAGAAGAUGAUGGCAUUAUGAGAGAGCUGCUUUUGGACUUCUAUACAAGUUCAGGAAAGCGUAAACCAGAUCAGAUAAUCAUAUUCAGGGAUGGUGUUAGCGAGUCGCAGUUCAAUCAAGUCUUAAACAUUGAGCUGGACCAGAUCAUUGAGGCCUGCAAGUUCCUUGAUGAAAGUUGGUGCCCAAAAUUUGUGGUGAUUAUCGCGCAGAAGAACCACCACACAAAAUUCUUCCAGCCUCAGUCACCUGAUAAUGUUCCACCUGGUACCAUUAUUGACAACAGAAUUUGUCAUCCGAAGAACAAUGAUUUUUAUCUCUGUGCUCAGGCUGGAAUGAUUGGAACCACGAGGCCUACCCAUUAUCAUGUUCUGUUGGAUGAUGUUGGGUUUUCAGCUGAUGAUCUGCAGGAACUAGUGCAUUCUCUGUCCUAUGUGUACCAGAGAAGCACCACUGCAAUUUCUGUAGUUGCCCCGAUAUGCUAUGCUCAUCUAGCUGCCACACAAAUGAGUCAGUUUGUGAAGUUUGAAGAUGCAUCUGAGACUUCCUCAAGCCAUGGUGGGACAACUUCUGCUGGAGCAGUGCCCGUCCCUCAGCUUCCGAGGUUGAAAGAGAACGUUGCCAAUUCUAUGUUUUUCUGCUGAGGGCUCGGUGCCUCUGCAAAUAUAUGUAUAGUAUUAUAACUUAUGGUGUAGCCUCCCACCGUAUCGGGGGUCGGUACUCGGGGUUCGUUAGUGGUUCUGAACUAGGAUGUUUGACUGUCUAGUCCAACUUUUGCGAAUAUGGUUUUUAAUGUUGGCUAUGUAUGUACAUAACCAGACCUUUUCGGAUUAUGACAUCAUAUAUAUGUUCACUGUUGGCUUUUGUGUAUAUGUGGUCUUCCUCAUCAUAUAUUGUUUAUGUUUUGUCCAUCAACUCAUC